AAAAAAAAUUGACAUGUCUGCAAUUUUAAAUAAACUUCGACGUCGGCCUUCUCAUGAAUAUGCACCUUAUCAGCAUUUAGAACAGCAUUUUGAAUCUGCAGAAAUUGUUAGAGAUGCAAUUAUUGGCCUUUCUGAUGGUUUAACUGUUCCAUUCGCUUUGGCUGCUGGACUUUCUUCUCUUGGAAGCUCAAAGAUUGUUAUUUAUGGCGGUGCUGCAGAACUUGUUAGUGGGGCAAUAUCAAUGGGAUUAGGUGGUUAUUUAGCUGCUCGUUCUGAAAUGGAGCAUUAUCGUACUGAACGUCUUCGUGAAGAGCGUGAAGUAAUCGAGUGUUCUCAAGAUGAAGAAGAGGAAAUAGUAGAUAUACUCGAACCUUAUGGUUUAGAUCGAGAAACAAUUCAACCUUUAAUUGAAAAGUUAAAAAGUAACCCUAAAAAGUUUGUUGAUUUUAUGAUGAAAUUUGAAUUAAAUCUUGAAAUGCCUGAUCCUCAUCGUAGUUGGAUUUCAGCUUUAACUAUCGGCUUAUCUUAUUUUAUAGGCGGAUUAAUUCCACUAUUACCUUAUUGUUUUUUUGAUAAUUCCUUACAUGCAUUAUAUGUUUCAGUGGCUGUUACAUCAUUAACACUACUCAUAUUUGGGUAUAUUAAAAGUAGACUAGUGAACCCUCAUGGUGCUGUUUGGGGUGCUAUUCAAACUUUAUUUAUUGGUGCAAUUGCUGCGGGUGCAAGUUAUGGCAUUGUCUAUCUUUUACCUCAGGAGCCUGGUGCUUUAUUAAUGUAAUGUCUGCAAUCACAGUAUUUAAUUGUUAAUGUGCAUUAAAACUUUUGUUUACAAUUAUGAAUGAAUUGAAGAGCGUUUUUUUUUUUUUUUU